AUGAGUCACAAGCAUCAAACGCUUCGGUUUGUGGAGGACCCGACCGCCGGGGAUGGCAUUUGGGGUUAUCCCACCAGCAAGGCCAACUUCUGCGAGGAGGACUACGUUUUUACGAGGUACAUCGCGGAAUUCAUUAACUGCAUUUCCAAUGCCACAUACAUCUAUUUGGCUCUCAAGUACCCCCGCGCCAACCCCAAGGCUGCGGUCCCCUGGUACCAGGCUCUGGACAUUCAAUCCAUAGGGCUCCUACUAGUCGGCAUAUUCUCCGGGAUUUUCCAUGGGACAAUGCAUCAGGAAACUCAACUUCUCGACGACCUUUCCAUGCUCAUCCUUGCCGGCUCCUUGGUUCAGCCAUUGUACGUGCACCGCCAAUCACCUCUUGUCCGCGUCCUCAUAAUUGCGGGUUUGUGGCUUGGAAUCGGUACUAUGGCCGUCAUCUAUGUUCGUUCCGGCGACAUCUUUAUCCACGUAAUGACCUUUACGGGGCUGCUUACUUUCGUUUGGCCGCGGACGUUGUACCUUGUUUAUGGCACCGGGCUGUACUCAAAGGAGGAGAAGAAGGCGUUCAUGCGUUACUUUUGGAAGGCGGUAAUGGCCCUGAUCUUUGGUUUCACAUUGUGGCAUAUCGACUUGGACUAUUGCGCCGAGUUAAGAGCUGCCAGAAAAGCCGUUGGGCUGCCUGUGGCGUGGUUUCUGGAGUUGCAUGGGUGGUGGCAUAUUUUCACUGCCCUUGGUGCGAGUUGGUAUAUGCGGUUGAUCAGACAGAUUACUGUUGACCCUUCUGGCGCAGAGAAGAAGACAAGAUGA